CCUCCUCCUCCUCGUCGUCUCGGGCAGGCGGCGGCGGCUGCUGCGGGGCCGCGCGGAGCCUUCCCACCCGCUCGCCAGGGCCGCGCGCCGAGGCCGGAUAUGGCUCGUGGACAGCAGAAGAUUCAGUCGCAGCAGAAAAAUGCCAAAAAACAAGCUGAGCAAAAAAAGAAGCAAGGACAUGAUCAGAAGGCUGCAGCCAAGGCUGCCUUGAUAUAUACCUGCACUGUCUGUAGGACACAAAUGCCGGACCCCAAGACCUUCAAACAGCACUUUGAAAGCAAGCAUCCUAAGACUCCACUCCCUCCAGAACUGGCUGAUGUUCAGGCGUAAAGUUGUCYACAGGUGAAGUCUUGGCACCUAUUGACUCUUCUACUGUCAGAUCUUACAUAACAAACCUGCAGCUGCUUUUCUAAAACUGUUGAUCAGCAAAAAUGAAGGGGCUACAGAAACAUUCAUAUUUUUAUGCUGUUCCCUCUUGGGCUUCAUGCAAAGACAAUUCUGUGUAAAUGUACAGUUGUGCCCUACUUGGAAAUCCUGAAAAAUCAGUCCAUACUUAUUAUAAAAAAAUUUUUUACAAUUGUAAUUAUAUUGAUGUUCAUAUUGUGUAAAAUAACUCAUUUAAUAAAGUAGUACUUUGAUUUUACAGUAUCACAGAUGAAAUGCUUGUAGAAGUUCUGUUUCAACUUUCUGCAUUAUCUGCCUUAUAAGAUCCCAAACAAAACAGAGACCAAGUGGAAUCUUCCCCUUCCUGCCAGAACGUKAGCAGUAUCAUUCCACUGAAAGUUAAUGUACAUGACAGUGAAUUAAUCUCAGGCGAAGAGGGAAGCUGCUCAGCUUUAUUGUUUGGUGUGCUCUGGGCUUGAGCUCAGGCACCAGUGCUCAGACCUUGGCUCAAGAGUAAACUUAGCGGCUGCGUUAGGCUGGGGAGGCUCCUUCCUCAUGCUGCUGUUCAGCGUGGGUGAGUCUAGGRCUACAGGCUUCGCAGAACGGGAUUCCCGUGGCACAAGGGAGCCCCUUCCUUGGAGUCGUGCCUGGAGAGGCUCUUGUUGGGCAGGUGAUCCUCAUGGCUAAGGAAGCAGAAAUGUGGUAGAGUCGCAUGCUUUGGGCACAGGGGCUCAAGCAAUGCUCACCACUGGCAUAUCAGGUUAAAGUAACUCUCCUCUUAGUUAUAAUACUGAUUUAAAAGGUUUUUUUAAAGAUAUUUGAGCUGUCCACGACACAGGUUGUCCCUUAAACAAGUUUAGUUAUUUCAGUAACAGCUCUCCAAGAAAUAUGUAAAGCAGCCAGCCAUUAAUACCCCUGCUUCACAGCCAGCUUAAAAUAAGCCUACUGGAAGAGAGUCAAAGUAGCUGAAAUCAUACUGUUAGUUUUAAGAAAUMAGCUGUGAUUAAGGUUUCAUUGUCAAGGAGAAGCUGGAUAAUGGCACUGUGGCCAAGAGCAUUUGACAAGCUCAGCGUAAUUAACCUUUGUGUCUGGGCACUGUUCUGAUCCCAGAUGCACAGCAUGAAGUGACAGAAAACAGCAGAAUUGUGCUAGAAGGUCUCCCCUCCACAUCUGGGGUGGGCUUGUUUAACAGCUUAAAUUUUGAAGUUGCGGUMAGAAACAGCACUAAAAUAGCAGUGAUUAUUGUGGUUACAACUGAUGUGAAAUAACUUUGGCAACCCAAGUAACCCUUGCUUCAUGGUGAGAUUCUCUCUCUGACCUUCCAAUGGCUUCCUGAAAUCCUAGACCAUUGUCUCCAAGACUCUUUCACUUAAAAGGAUGCACUUGGUAUUUUAUUACAGCAAGUCAAAGCCUUUCUCCACUUGUUUGCUCUUUAAUGAACUAUUCUGUGAGACUAGCUCCUUGUCCUCCUUACUGUGACAAGUCUCUCUGAAAAUACUCACAUUGACAUGAAGUUUCUCUGAAUUAUAGUCRCUCUGGGAUAACCUGUGAUAACUUUAUAGAUAUGUUUGUUUUCCUCUGGGAGUAUUCCACUACUGCACUUGUACACCUGACA